GAUAAGUUCUACGCCGGCCUCCAGUUCCUGCUGAAGGUGAUGCCAGCCUUGGGUGAGGGUGCGGACUCCAAGCCCGCCUUGGCCCUGAAGGCCAAGAUCCAUGGCUACCUGGACGAGACCGAAAAGCUGAAAGCCGAGUUAGACUCCGGCGAGGCGUCGAAAGUACCGGACGGGAACCAACUGGCCUUGGACGAUGAUGUAGAUGGAUGCCUCGAGCGAGGUGAGGACCUCAUCCUCUCGGGGCAGAAACUCGCCGAGCGAGGAAAGCUGGGCCAGGCCUACGAGACGUACUGCGAAGGUAUCCAGCUACUUCUGAAGGCGAUGCCGCGCCUGUCCGAGGACACGGGCCCCCAGGUUGCACGACUGCGGAGUAAGAUCAGCAAAUACCUCGAAGAGGCCGAGUCUGUCAAAGAAGAGAGGGACCAACAAAGUCGUCAAGACAACGGUCGGGACCGGGGCGCUCGAGACCGGGACUUCAGAAGAGGUGACCGGCGACCCUCGCAUAGUCAGGACUCGGAAGGUCCUCGAAGAAAUGGGCGCCAGAGCAGGAGUGGACGACGGUUAGAGCUCAGGAGCGCUGCUGAAGUCGAAGACGAAGGUCACCGUAGUCGCGGUAGAGAGGUUGGACGCGCGCCGCCGCCCGGCGACUGGGAAGACCGGAAUGGCCGAGAGCGGCACAGGUCGCGACGCGACUCGAACCGGGACAGGCGGUCCCCUCGGGAAGCGAGUAGAUCACGGACUUGGACGAAAGAAAAGGCACCUUCCUGGCAGGAAACUUGCCGGCCAAAGUCUGCAGCUCGCCCCAUGGCGUCACUCUCAGCAGCUCCUCCGCUCCUGCGACCAAAAUCCGCGGCCAAACCAGCAAAGCGAUGA